AUGGUAGCUGGUCCAGAGAGCUCAGUUUCAGCUGAAGUUGUGGCUGCUUUGGAUGGAAACACAACAGCCAAUGAAAUCUACAAACACAAUAUGAAUAGAUUUCAUAUGACAAAUGUUCACAGUGGGCUCUCAUUGACUGAUCCAGUCACAAUGGAGAUUUUUUUAAUGGAAUGUCCAAUGCUCGGCAAGUGUCCACGCUUCAUUCUGCUGAGGAAUGUGAAGGGCUUCAAGACCUCUGCUGCAAGGGAUGCUUUGGUUAAGACACUGAGAGAAUGUAUCUACAGCUUUCAGGAGUUUCUGAUCUCACCAACAUCUCUUGGGAUACCAAAUUCUAAGCUCAGAUAUUUUCUUAUUGCAAAGAGACCACCAGAAUCCUUCUUGUUUCAUUCAUCAAUAGGGAUUAUAGAGGGUUUCCCCAAAUCAACCUUUAGUGAAACGUCAGAUAAUUCAGCUCUUCCAAACAAUGACCCUUCACCAACUGAGUCUCAGAGAGAAAAGACUGGGACUAUCAUUUUUAAGCUUGAGACGGAACAAGAGUUGGAACGGAAGAGGAACCAGGAUAGACAAGAGACAGUCCAGAGGCUGCAGGACUUCCUGCAGGAUGAGAAAGAGAACAUGGAUCAGUAUCUGCUGCCUCCCAAAUCUCUGCUGAGAUACGCUCUACUAAUAGAUAUAGUUCAGCCCAGCAACAGGAGAUCAGGCUGCUUUACAAAAUGGUGUGUGACCUACAGCUCCAUAACCUAUUGUGCCAUCAUGGAAUCCUUUCCAAAGCACAUUUCUGUUAACCAGCAGUACCGUGAACUGGGGAACAGCCUGAACGUUCACGUGGUUUCAAAUCUCUUCCAGCUCAUGAUGGUGACUACAGUGGUCAACCACAUGACUGGCAAAAAAGGGACAUCAGCAAUGACCAGAAGUAUUAUCCCAUCUUGCACUUGUCCACCUGGUUAUGUGGCUAAUGGAUACGGUCCUACAGGCUGUACUCAGAUCAGCGAUAUUUGUGGCACUAGUAAACCCUGUGUAAAUGGCCAGUGUGAGAAUACAGCCACUGGGUACAUCUGUCGCUGUGACCCAGGUUGGGCAGGUCAGAAUUGUGAUCAGAAUGUGAAAGAGUGCUCUAGUAACCCCUGCCAGAACAGAGGCACCUGCACUGAUGGGAUCAAUGGCUACACAUGUACCUGCCCUUCCCAAUGGACUGGUCCGCAGUGCCAAACUCCACAGCAUGAGUGUGGAGGAGUUCUGGAAUGUCCAGCCGGGACCUUCAGUACCCCAAUAAUACUGGAACUGGUGACUAUGAUCACCAAAUUAGCUGUGCCUGGAUUGUCAGAACUGACCCUAGCAAGGUCCAUGAUGGUGAAAGCGCCUCAGCCUAUGUGA